CACUUCCUUCUCUUAUUGGAUUGCAGUGGUUCACAGCGGCGAUGCGGCAGCUUUGUCGCAGGAGAAGAAACUAAGUAGUGAAUGUUCUCCCUCUCGUGGCCAAGAGCGCGAUGGUGAUGCCCAUUUCUCAUAAAAUUCAAUGUGUUGGCUACAAACUCCAUUUACAGAGAAACAUGGGAGACUCAUCACCCUGUGUCAUGAUGCAACCAUUCUGUUAUGCCUCUGGAUUUUCCCAUGAAGACAGCAAGAGCACCUCAAAUUAUGCACUUGGGCAAUCAGUUUCAUUUGGGAGGUUCAUGUCAGAGUCCCUGGAAUGGGACAAAUGGUCUUCAUUCUCUAACAACCGCUAUGUUGAAGAGGCGGAGAGGUUUUCGCGACCCGGUUCAGUUGCGGAGAAGAAAGCUUUCUUUGAAGCUCACUACAAGAAACUUGCUGCUCAAAAAGCUGCUGCUUUGCUAGAACAAGCAAACAGUGCCUCACAGACAGAGCAAGAACAAGAGACCGAAGUAGAUAACAGUAACAAUCAUGAUUCAGAGAUCACUAGUCCAAAAUCUAAACUUGUUUUCAAUGAAGAAAAUGCAAAAGUUCUGCACCCUGAGUCAGAUGCCACUAGGUAUAAUUCAAAUUCAAAUUCAAAUUCAAAUUCAGUGUUGGUUGCAUUGCAAAACCAGCUUGAAGAUGUUGAUACCCAUAAAGACCCAAGUGAAAAUGUUAGGGGAAAAUCUCCAUUGGACACACCAAAACUUAAGGAGUUAUUGCAGGAAGGUUCCAACCAUGAUCAUGAAGUUUUGCUAUCAGUGGGCAAGAAGAAAGCAUCAGUUUCUUCAUUCAAGUUUUGGAAGGGCAUUGGGACCUCCAAGUUCAUCUCUACACCAGUCAAGUCCAUAACUCCUAUUAUUUCAAAUGGAGAAAAUAUUGCUAUCCCAGUGAGCAAUGAGCCUGCAUCAAGCUCUGUUGAUAAAAAGAGAUUAAUUGCUAAGUCUUCUCACAUGUCACUUAAUUUCACACUUGUCAAAGAAAUUAAUAGAUUGUCUGCAUCAGUCAUGAGGAAAUUUGAAAGUACUAGAGUUGGUGCUGGUUCUUCCAAGGAUUCAAAGGAUAGCUCGAGUCCUCUAAGAACCCCAAACAAGGCCUCGAAGAAAGAGUUACCAAAGCACUCUUCAUAUAUCCCAUUAACAGAAGAGAACAGAGAUAAAAUGAAAUCUCCGAUUAUAUCCUCCCCAUUCCGCUUGAGGACAGAAGAAAGGGCUGCUAUUAGAAAAAAGAAACUUGAAAAACAGAUCGAUGCUAGUGGAGCACAGAAAGCGCAACUGCACAUAAAACUCAAGGAAAAAGCACAGAUAAAGAUUAAAAAACUACGUCGAAGCUUUUGUUUCAGUGCCGGGCCACUUCCUGAUUUUUACAAGGAAAGAGAAGAAUCGAAGAGAGGGAAUAAAGAGGAUCCACUGACACCCCCAGAAUCACCCAAAUUGGGAAUAACACCCUCUCCCAUUGUAGUAGAGGGUAAAAUCUCUUCAUUUCCCAAGAGAUUUUUCCAUGAGAAGAAUGGUAUUGGCAGCUUGGCACAACCUCUCACUUCAAAUUCAACUGUGAUUUUGACUCAUGAAAAUACAUCUCUAAACAUUCAGAUUGGAAACCAACCAGAGUGACAGAAAUUACUAAUAAUUUUAGAGUACAGUUUCAUCUUGCAGCAAAAUAUCAUGUUUUAAUUGUAAAUAUAGGCUUCAUGAAAAUGAGGCCUUUUGGUGUGUGUUUUGGGUACAUAGCAAAUAGCAAUAUGUUAUACCCUGAUGUUAUAUCAUAUUCACUCGUACUCUUUUUUUUUCUUCUUCUGUUUAUGAUCAAAUGUCUUCUUUCA